AUGGAAAUAGAAAAGAACAAGGGGAGGUUUGGGAUGAUUUUUCAAUCUUUUAUACUAGGUAAUCUAGUAUCCUUAUGCAUGAAGAUAAUAAAUUCGGUCGUUGUGGUCGGACUCUAUUAUGGAUUUCUGACCACAUUCUCCAUAGGGCCCUCUUAUCUCUUCCUUCUCCGAGCUCGCGUUCUGGAAGAAGGAGAAGAAGGAACCGAGAAGAAAGUAUCAGCAACAACCGGUUUUAUUACGGGACAGCUCAUGAUGUUCAUAUCGAUCUAUUAUGUGCCUCUGCAUCUAGCAUUGGGUAGACCUCAUACAAUAACUGUCCUAGCUCUACCCUAUCUUUUGUUUCAUUUCUUCUGGAACAAUCACAAACACUUUUUUGAUUAUGGAUCUACUAACAGAAAUUCAAUGCGUAAUCUUAGCAUUCAAUGUGUAUUCCUGAAUAAUCUCAUUUUUCAAUUAUUCAACCAUUUCAUUUUACCAAGUUCAAUGUUAGUCAGAUUAGUCAACAUUUAUAUGUUUCGAUGCAACAACAAGAUGUUAUUUGUAACAAGUAGUUUUGUUGGUUGGUUAAUUGGUCACAUUUUAUUCAUGAAAUGGGUUGGAUUGGUAUUAGUCUGGAUACAGCAAAAUAAUUCUAUUAGAUCUAAUGUACUUAUUAGAUCUAAUAAGUACCUUGUGGCAGAAUUGAGAAAUUUUAUGGCUCGAAUCUUUAGUAUUCUCUUAUUUAUUACCUGUAUCUACUAUUUAGGCAGAAUACCGUCACCCAUUGUUACUAAGAAACUGAAAGCAACCUUAGAAACGGAAGAAACAGAUGUAGAAAUAGAAACAACUUCAGAAACGAAGGGGACUAAACAGGAACAAGGGGGAUCCACCGAAGAAGAUCCUUCUCCUUCCCUUUUUUCGGAAGAAAAGGAGGAUCCGGACAAAAUCGAUGAAACGGAAGAGAUACGAGUGAAUGGAAAGGAAAAAACAAAAGAUGAAUUCCAAGUUAAAGAGACACAAUAUAAAAAUAAACCCGUUUAUGAAACUUAUUAUCUGGAUGUGGAUCGGAAUCAAGAAAAUUCGAAGUUAGAAAUAUUGAACGAAAAAAAAGGAGUAAAUUACUAAAAAGAUUAAUACAUAAGAUACAUACACUAAAA